CGGUGGGUGCAAACCGCAAGUUCAUCGCUACGAGGAGUUCCGCAGCCUGCGGUCUUUGCAGUUACCGCACGGGAUUGCGUGGCCUGGGGUUAAUUGGAGUGAAUUAAUGGCAAGCUGUCGAUGGAAGCCGAAGGAGGCCGUGGCAGCCCUGGUAGAGGCAGCGGUGGAAGCGUUGUGUGUUCAGACGGCUUAAACAAGCUGGCUGAGGUCCCUGUCGCCGAUUUUAAACGUUUUGGAAAAUGGGGAAGAAAAUUCAGCAGGAUUGGAAGUACCACGAAUGUUGUCCGCACACGUGGAAAGGUUAACUGUGCUUUAGGAAAACACGUUUGUUGACCUGAUACCAGUUUCAGGAAUAAAAUAAAACGAGUAGCUAAAACUUAGUUAUAUAAAAAUUAUUUAUAAAAUAAUUAGAUACUACAAAUACAAUGAACGUAGAGACUAAAGGCUAAACAACAUGCUUGAAAAGAGAUUUUCCGUUCCCUCCCCCAACCUGGUGUUCCUUCUUGCAAGGGGAUUUAAAGAUCUAGUUAAGUCAACUGUUGAUAUAGUUAGUAUCGCAUACCUGAAUCGCUCUGGGGAAUCUGACUCUAGUGUGACCUGACAGUUUAAUUAAACAAAGGUGGUGGUGUAUGGCAGCAAGGCAAACUUUAAAAAUGAGCUUAGGAACAAAUCAUGUUCCUAACAGAUCGUUAAUUGGAAGACAUAAAUGAGCAGGCUAUUUCCAGUCGGCUCCUCCACCUAACAAUUUUUUGUUCAAAUACUAAUACUGAUUUAAAUUAUCCAACAGAAGGUUUAUAACCUCUGCUGUUGAAGUUUACUGAUGACAGGCAGGGUGAUCAGCCAUGAGAUGUUACUGCUGCUGCCUGGUCUGAACCUCCUGUCUAGAUGGUUUGGAGUGGGAGAAGGAUCUUAAUAUAAUGAAAAAGACUGUGAAGUCUAGAAGCCAUGAUAGCUUCCCACCGCAGACACAGAGGUGGCAGAGAGUGGCUUGCAGGAUUAAGUUGCAUCAGGGACACAGCUUGAACUUCACUGUUGUGGGAAGAGUUGAUUUGAUUGUUGGGGUUGGGUUUUUUUUCUGUUUUUAAGGAGAAUCAAAUUGGAGUGAUCAUGUGCAUGCACAUGGUGUUGUUAGAAGGGGCUGCUAGAACAUAAUCUCCAGUUACAGUAGCUCUCAAGUAAGAUAUGAAAAUACCGGAGAGUUCAGAGGAGGUCACAAAAAUGCUCUGGUUCUGGAAAACAAGCCAUGUAAUGGACUUGAUGAACUCAGUUUAUUCAGGCACAUCCAAGAGAGGAGGGUGAAGUGACUCAGCCGCUCUGUGGAAAUCCGUGCCUAUGGGAAAGUUAUCUGAUAGCAGAAUAUUUUCAGUCUUUCCAACAAAGACAUAAUGAGAUCCGGUAACUGAAAGUCAAAGCUACACAAAUUCUUUUAAAUAUGACACAAUUUCCUAGCAGUGUUGGAAGCUAAUUAUAGGAAUAGUUUAUGGGAGAGGUUAAAGGCUUGCCAUUAUUUGGAGGUCUUAAACUGAAAUGAUAACAGUUUUGAAAGUGGGGUUAAACCUGGAAUCUUGGGCAACUUGCUGGUGCAAACCCGUGUGGUUUGGGGGAAAUUAUCAGUGAGAUUGUCAGUGAGUUGCCUUCUGGCACUCUGUACUUCCCAGUCUGCUUGGCUGCAGAAAUAUCAGGACUUUUUUUUUUUUUAAUGUUGGUUAAAGGGCUGUAGUUCUAAAUUAAGAGUUUUAAGUGAUUUUAUCCUUUUGGAUUAAUGUCUGCUUCAGGGGGGAAUUCUGCAUGCUGUUCUUACAGAGGAAAGUUAGUGUGUUUCUUCCUCUGCUGUUCUUUAAAUCAUCAGAGUUUGGCCACAGAGAGCCGACACGGAGUUGGGCAAACGGGCGUGCAGUACUAGUUCAGAGAAUCCCCUCCCUCGUGUACUGUGUCUUCCCCAUAUGUUUGCAGCCUGAUCCAGAUCUGAGGUCAGGAAGGGAUUUCCAGCAAAGCCUGAUUUGUUAAGGCAUCAUGUGAGUUUUUCGCCCUCAGCAAGAGCAUAGUUUUCAGGCUGGAACUUUCUGCUCUCACCGCUUUUAUCUCAUCAGGCUCUUGUAAAGGGAUUUGGGGAUCUGUUUGUCUCGGUGUAUUGUUUCCACAGAGGGAGAAUGCUUCCAAGGUAGUAGGCUUUAUAAAACAGUAUUGGAUGAUAGUGUCAACUAAGGAUCUGUUGACUCACUCUGAAAUUAUGACUUUUAAACAAAAAUAAAUAAAUGCAUACGUCUCCCUGGGCUUCCGUGGAUAGUGGAACUCUGCCUCUUCUGUAGCCCUGUGCUUUUUGGUGUGCUUGGAGAGCUCGCUACCCCCCUGGUUUUCUAAGAAACAGGCACCUGCCUGUGGCUGGGCGUCAGCUUUUGACACAGGCAUCACUAAGAGCUGUGCCUGCUGGUUCUGUGCUUUUUCUCACUGUUUGUGCAAGUAAUAGAGAGCAGGAAUAAUCAGACUUUAGCUUGUGGCAUAGAACCAGCAAAAUGCAUAUUCUGGAAUGUAAACGAUCCAUCAGAAAACCUCUGUUUGGAGUUUUUAAGGCAAUAAUACUGCUUAUUAAAAACCAUAACGCACACCUGCACAAAAUGUUGGUUCUUACAGUUUAGCAGUUGCAGCAACCUUUUCUCAGCUCUCUUUGUUGGGGGAGCUGAACAUGCUGCUUGUAUGAAACUGCACCGGCCAGAUGUGCAGCGGGCAGAGCGCGCGCAGAAGUUCGGGAGGACUAAACCGCAACGUCUCACGGUGUUCCUGUUCCUGUGGCACAAAGCCGUGUUUGUCCUUACCGUAAGCCACGGCAAACAGGAGUGGGCAAAGCUGAAACGAGGGCAAUUUCUGCUGUUCUCCGAAGGCGGCUUGGAGGGAGGCGGGGGGCAGAAGCAGGGGGUCUCUGCAAACCCACUCACUUUUGUGAGCUCUGUUCAGCUGUGCAAGGAAGCUCGGUUAUGUUAUAGCUUGGAUCUUAAUGCAGAAGUGGAUGCAUCCGUUCACAGCUGGUAAGAGGAGUGGAUCUCUUUAUGCUCCUUGACAACUAAAGCUGUUGUUUUUGUGAAUAAGUGAUUUUACGCAAACUUGCAUUAAAUAACUUGCUGAUGAGUGAAGUGACGUAGCCUGGGAGGGGAGGAGAGGAGAAGAGUGGGCACAGGCCACCUCUGGGCUAACUGAAACAGUUUGACAGAGGCAUUCUACUGGAAUUAAGAGUGGUGUUCUCCUGAGCCACGUUUUAAUAAUCUGAUCAAAAGCUAAUUACUGAGCUUGUGUAGUAUGCCAGUGCCUUUAAAAUCUUUGUUUUUUUAAAUUUUGUAACUCUCUGAGGAUGCUCGAUGCUACGGGAGCCUCCUCAAGCAGCUCCCUUGGUAAUCGUGUGUAUUGGAAGAAGGGGUGGCCAUUGAGUAGUGUGUGAGAGGAAGAAUUACGCUAGCAGAAAUAGGAGAUAGACCAAGUGCUGAACAUCUUGCUUUUUCACAUUUUCAUCUUUUAAUUGAAUUGAUGUGUAGUAAACUGACAUGUUGUGGGGGGAAACUGUGGUAGAUGUCUGAGAUAAAAGUCUGAAAAGUUCUGUCGGGUAGAAACAAGAGAGGGGACUGUGUGUGCAUUGGAUAAGGGAGGGCUGAAGGGAAACUGCAGUUGGAUUUCUAUCAGAAGAGAAGUCUGGAAAGCUGUUUUACCAGAGGAUAAAAGUCUUGUUUCUUUUGUGAAUCCAUGUGAAGGUUUGGUGUUGCAAUGUGACCAAAUGGCAUUAACUUGGGCCUGGAAGGCGAGAGUCUUGUCCAGCCGUCUGAGAUCAGGAGUGGGAUGUCCUUUCCCAGCUGUGUUAACUCCCUGCUGGAUGAUUUGAGCUCUGCGGUGGCCCUGGAAUUCCCCCGACCUCACUCAGCAGGAGUGCGAAUCCCAAAGGAGAAGAGCGGGGUGCAAUCUCAUGUACUGUGAGUACAGUACUGAGGGUGAGGCAGCAUAGGGAGCCAAUAACAGGGAGGAAGAGUAAGAGCUUGGGCUACCAACUCUAGGCUGUGGACAACAAAGUUCAGCAUCCUGAUUCGGUGCUGCCUUUGGGACGAUGAAUGAGGACAGUGGCUCAAGUGAUCAGCCUACUGGCCAGGACCCACUCCUGUUGCUGAAAACCCUUCAGCUUCUCUGGACAAAGAAAGAGAUGAAGAAGCAGCUCAAGGAAGAAAUCAGGCGGGGCUUUGCAGGACUGGAGGACCCAUUGGCAGGACUCCUGGACAUGCUGGAAAGCAGCAGCGAUUGGAAGGGGAAAGGGCAUUCCCUCGGGUAUUACAUCACCACUGAGUUGCAGCUUUGGAUAAAAGAGCAUCCUGCUGUUCAACAGUCUGGCAUCAAGCUGAAGAAGCUGCAGGCCCGUGUACUCAGAAUACUUGCCCAGUGCCCAGCUAAUCUUCUUGACCCUCUGAUUAGCAUUUACCAGCUCCAUACAGCAGACCGGAACUAUUUGCUUGGGCAUGUCAGUCAUCUUUAUCACAAGGGCGAUUACAAAGAGGCAGCCAUACUGAGUAUUAAGCUAAAAUUACAGCCAGAUCAAGAUGUGGAGAAGAUGUGUACACCGCUACUGCUCCAAGAUAAAACUAACUUGGUGGAAGAUUAUGUGGGAGAAUAUCCCGAGCUCCAGAGCAAGCUCUUGCAGAUCCUGGACACGUGGUGUGAACCUGGUUUUAAUAUCAGAGACAUCACAAGACAAUAUCAAGGCCUGUCCAGGUACAAACCAGAUAAAUUUAACCGCAGAAUGCUAAGCAAGCUGGUCUUCAGGCUCCUAGAGCGAUUUAACGUAGAUCCAGCUCUCUGCCCUAAUGUCAUAAACCAGCGGCACUUGAGAACUCUGAAUUACCUCUUUUACAAGAGAUUUGUUGAGAAAACCAUGACUCAGGAGAAUUGGACAGAUCAUGUUCAGAGCACAGUUGGAGAGAAUCGAUGGCUUCAAGGGCACCUGAUACAGCUGCUAAUCAGUUACUGUGAUUUGAACACAGCGGCAAGAUGGGCACAACGCUGCAAUUUGCCUAAGGAGAUGCUACCUUAUGGAGUGGCCGAUGAGCUUCAAAAGCUUCAGAUCCAAGAGAGGGUAGAAGAGGCCACAAAAGCAGAUAAUUACGAAGAAAGUAAGAAGAAGGACUAUUACCAGCUUCCUAUUCCACGGGCAAGUAUUCACUUCCUGCAGACAUGGGAAGAGACACUGCAGUGCUGGGAGAAGGUGCUGCAGCCUGGGCAAGUUGUUGGCAUUGACAUGGAGUGGAGGCCUUCGUUCGGCAUGGUCGGGAAGCCCCGUGUCUCCCUGCUUCAAAUUGCUCUGAAAGAUGAGGUGUUCCUGCUUGACUUGCCACGGCUCCUCGAGCAAGCUGAGACGGAGGGUGAGAAGGAGAAGCUGCCCCACUUUAUCCAGAUGCUCUAUUCAGAUGCAGCCAUCACUAAACUAGGUUAUGGGAUGUCUGGAGACCUUAACAGCCUUGCAGCCACGUGGUCUGCUUUGAAAGACACGGAUAAGCAAGCGCAAGGUGUGGUGGACUUACUCAGAGUAGACAAACAACUGCAGAAGAGCUCCAUUGACUGGAAGAAGGGUGACCGGAAGGUCAAUGUUCUGUCCCCGGAGCAGAGCUGCGAGGAUAGAGAGUUGAGGCAGCCGGAGAAAGGACUCAGCCUCUUGGUGCAACAUGUGCUGGGGAAGCCUCUAGAUAAAACAGAGCAGCUGUCUAACUGGGAGAAACGGCCUCUCCGGGAGGAACAGAUCCUCUAUGCAGCUUCAGAUGCGUACUGUUUGCUGGAGAUCUACGAGAAACUCUGUAAGGACCCAGCAAGCUUUGGUCUGAGUUCAGACCUGACAGAGAGUCUGGUGGGAAAGCCAAGCGUAAAACCCAGGGCAAAGAAGCAGCUGCAUAAACAAGAAGUACCGUCACCUUCUGGACAGCAAUGCAAAGGAUCCAAAAAGGAGACCUCAUGUCCCCCUGCUCCCAUCUCCCCAAAGGAGUUCAGUGUGGUCUGCGAUAACAUGCUGCAAGGCCUCGGGCGCUAUCUUCGCUGCCUUGGUGUAGAUGUCCGGAUGCUGGAGAAUCAGGAUGACCAUAGGAAAGCUGCUGAGAUUGCCCGACAGGAAGGAAGAGUCAUUUUAACCUCUGGACUCCCAUAUCAGACCCUGCAGUCCCAGGUAGCAGAAGGAAGGUGUUUCUCUGUGAACUGCUCAGAAAAGGCAAAAGAACAGGCCCUGCAGGUUCUGAAACACUUCAACGUUCAAGUAUCCCUGGCGGAUAUCUUCAGCCGCUGCCAGGUGUGCAACUGCGACAAGUAUCUGAAGGUCUCGAGGGAGAAGAUGAGGCAGCUGGUGGAGAGCAGCAGGCAGGUGCCGGGGGAUGGUGGCACAGAGAUGCUGUGGGAAUUCAGCCUUUGGUGUGAACCAUCACAGAGCUCUGGAAGCUGUAGAUCUGAAAAACUCCUGGCACGUUGGAAGGACAUGCUCGGCUCCCCUCAGCCCCACACACCCCACACAUAUUCUUUGCUCCAUCUCUGGUGUAACUCCACAGUACGCAGCACCCGAGCAAGCCAGGCUGCAGCCCCGUGGGAGCAGUGGCUCUGCUGGGGAGGACUUUGCCCAUCUCAAGGGGGAGAAAAAAUCCCCUUCUUCAAAAAAUCCCCCUUUUCCCCUUGGAAAUCCCUUAUUUUCUGGAGGAUCGGACCUUUUCCCAGCAGGGUUUUCUUUGCGUGCCUCCCUGGCACCCUGUGCCUGGCACUUGGUGGCCCUUCUACCACAGCAGCAAGGGGAGUACAGGCAUCUUCAAAAGCCCUGGAAAGAAUUUGGUGGGAGGGGGAGAAGGCGUUUUACAAGCUCCCAUUCAAAAAUGGUCACUUUGAAGUGAUGUAGCAUUUUCAACCCUUUGAAGAGCCACAAUUAGGAGGGGGCUGGUGCAAGCGAAAGGCAAAACUACUGGGUGACCAUCACGGCCUUUCUCUCCCUGGGCUUUUAAGGGAUGAACUUUUCCUCCCUGCCUGCCUUUUACUCAUGAGCCUAGGGGUUGGGAUUGGAGUGUUUGGGAGAGCUGGAGGUUUCACCACCACCCCCAUGCAGAGGAGGGGGUCUGCAGCUGGCUUUGCCCGCCAGCAGCAUGGCAGCUGAUGGAGCGCAUCAUGAGGGAGAGCAAACUUCCCAGGACUGCUGCAGGAGCAUUGAGUGUCUGUGCCCUGGCACUGGCAGGGCUGGGGUGCUUCAAGGUCAGGACAGAUAAUUUUUUAGGCUUCAUGGUGGAGAAAGAUGUUGGCCAUCAGUUCUGGCUGCUUGCAGUGUCAAUUCAAUUACGGUUGGAUCUAAAAGUCCCAGCCAAGGCAGGUGUCCCUCCUGUCAGGGUCCUAGAGGCAGAUGAAAAGGUCUGGUGCUCGAGAGCAGGCAUGAUGAAUAGGAAAGGGUAAGAAAGGCAAAUUUGUGUCCAUGUAUUAUAAACUGAGGAAAAACAAGUGAUGGCCCAGGGUUUUGAAGGAGCCUAUGGUUCAUGUGCUUGGAGGUGCAGCUUGGCCUCCUCAGUGAGCUGGUCCCUGCAUGCCCGGGCUGAGGCCACGCUGUGCCAUCACGUAGCACAGGGCAGAGGGAGGCAGGGAUGGGGUGAGGGCAGAGCCCCUGCCUCCUGCCACAGCGAUCUGCCACCUGCUGACAGGCUCUGUCCCAGAGAAACACCCGGAAUGGGGCUCUUCCUCUAUGUCCCCGCACCAGCCGGCUCAGGGAUCUCCCGAGAGCAGCCCGGUGCUUCACCACAUGCCAAAAAUUGGAGAAAAUGGGAAAUUGAGGUCACUGUUUUUUCUCCAAGAAUGGAUGUUGUGUCCCAAGCAGACGCAGCUGAUAUCUGCGAGCAGGGCUGCAGAGCGCUUUCCCGGGGCACAGUGAUGGUGAGCCCAGCUCUCAGCACGUGUCUGGGACUGGGCUUGGGGCUGCGUCCCCUCAUGUUGUGACAGCGGCCCCCAAACCUGUGCCGCUCCUGAGCUGUGUGGUGGUCCAGGGCUGGUCUGCAAAACCACCCUGGAAACAUCUCCAGUCAUAGCCUUGACCCUGAAUGUGGCUGUUUGUCUGCUGGGAAUGGGGGAUGAAUGUGCCCCACUAGCUUGGGCUGGUCAUUUCCUCUGAGGUGUGAAAGGUCUUGGGGGGCUCUGUGGAGCCCCCCUGAGCCAGAUGCUGGUGUGAGCUGGGCCUUCUGCACCUCUCCCAGGCUGUGGCUCUUUCUGCUCAUGCAGCGGCAAGUCCAGCCUUGCUGGGCAGCCAUGGGGUGGCUCUGCUGGGAUAGGGUGGCCAUUCCAGGGCUGUCCUCAGCUGUGCUUUCCCCCAGAAUAAUCACCAGCAUGUCCCAGGUCCUGACAGUGUUGGGAUGCAGGGAAGAGUCAGCUGAGAAUGAUGGUGUCCCUCUCCAUCACAGCUGGCUCCCAACCAGGCUCCCUCUGAUCCUCCAAAGGGGCAGGCUGGAUGCCCCAGAGGUGCUGCUGGAGAGAUGCAGGAUGUCUUUGUUGUCUGAAUUGAUGCCUGAGCAGGACAAGUCCCCCCUUCCAAAAAUGAGUCAUCUGACAGCAAUGACUGCAGCUGGCGUCGCUGGCUGCCAGGCACCCUGAUGGAUGGGAGGCAGCUCAGCCCUCGGCUUCCACCACCUGGAUCCAGCGACCUGCUGUGCCCAGGCCGCAGGUGGUGAGAGCCUGCACUGAGCUGCCAAAAAUGCUGUGGGUUUUGUACCAUUUCACAGAAUCACAGAAUCAUAUAGGUUGGAAAAGACCUUUAAGAUCAUUGAGUCCAACUGUAAACCUAACGCUGCCAGUUCACCACUAAACCAUGUCCCUGAGCACCGCAUCCAAACGUCUUUUAAACACCUCCAGGGAUGGUGACUCAACCACCUCCCUGGGCAGCCUGUGCCAGUGCCUGACAACCCUUUCAGUGAAGUAACAUUUCCUAAUCUCCAACCCAAACCUCCCCUGAUGCAGCCUGAGGCCGUUCCCUCUCGUCCUGUCCCUGGUGACUUGGGAGCAGAGACCAGCCCCCCCCUCACUCCAGCCCCUCUCA